CGGGACACCGGGCGGCGGCGCGCGCCAUGUCGUUCAGUGAAAUGAACCGCAGGACGCUGGCGUUCCGAGGAGGCGGGUUGGUCACCGCCAGCGGCGGCGGCUCCACGAACAAUAACGCUGGCGGAGAGGCCUCGGCUUGGCCUCACCAGCCCCUGCCGCGACAGCCCCAGGCGCCAGCGCCUCAGCAGCUCAAUGGGCGGGGGGCCGACGAGGAAGUGGAAUUGGAGGGCCUGGAGCCCCAAGACCUGGAGGCCGCCGCCGGGGCCGCCGCCGCCGAGGAAACCAAGGAGUUGUUGCUCCCCCAAGAGGCGGGGGGCCCCACCUCGCUGGGCGGCGGUGGCGCGGGGGGCCCCCUGCUAGCGGAAAGGAACCGUCGGACUCUGGCCUUCCGAGGAGGUGGCGGGGGUCUGGGCAACAAUGGCAGUAGUCGCGGCCGCCCCGAGACCUCGGCGUGGCCCCUGAGGCAUUUCAAUGGGCGAGGGCCGGCGGCUGUGGAUCUGGAGCUGGACGCGCUGGAGGGGAAGGAGUUGAUGCAGGACGGCGCGUCCCUGAGCGACAGCACCGAGGACGAGGAGGAGGGGGCGAGCCUGGGCGACGGCAGCGGGGCGGAAGGCGGCAGCUGCGGCAGCAGCAGGCGGUCGGGCGGCGACGGCGGGGACGAAGUGGAGGGCAGCGGCGUGGGAGCUGGCGAAGGCGAGACUGUCCAGCACUUCCCGCUGGCGCGACCCAAGUCCCUCAUGCAAAAGCUCCAUUGCUCUUUCCAGAGCUCCUGGCUCAAAGAUUUUCCCUGGCUGCGGUAUUCCAAGGAUACUGGCCUUAUGUCUUGCGGCUGGUGCCAAAAGACCCCUGAGGACGGGGGAAGCGGGGACCUUAGCCAAGUGGGGCACGACGAGCUUUCGCGAGGGACCCGCAACUACAAGAAAACCCUUCUCCUGAGGCACCACGUCUCUACCGAGCACAAAGCCAACGCCCAGGAGUCAGAAAUACCAUCAGAGGAGGGGUACUGUGACUUUAAUAGUAGGCCAAAUGAGAACUCUUAUUGCUAUCAACUACUUCGACAACUAAAUGAACAGAGAAAGAAAGGUAUUCUUUGUGAUGUCAGCAUUGUGGUGAGUGGAAAAAUCUUUAAAGCUCAUAAGAACAUCCUGGUUGCAGGCAGCCGUUUCUUUAAGACUUUAUAUUGCUUUUCAAACAAAGAAAGCCCUAACCAAAACAAUACUACCCAUUUAGAUAUUGCUGCAGUUCAAGGUUUUUCAGUCAUCUUGGACUUCUUGUAUUCUGGUAACCUGGUGCUCACAAGCCAAAAUGCCAUUGAAGUGAUGACUGUGGCCAGCUAUCUUCAAAUGAGUGAAGUUGUUCAAACUUGCCGAAAUUUCAUUAAAGAUGCCUUAAAUAUAAGCAUUAAAUCAGAAGCUCCAGAAUCUGUAGUUGUGGACUAUAAUAAUAGAAAACCAGUUAAUAGAGAUGGUCUGUCUUCAUCACGAGAUCAAAAAAUUGCCAGUUUUUGGGCAACACGGAAUCUUACCAACUUGGCAAGUAAUGUAAAAAUUGAAAAUGAUGGUUGUAAUGUCGACGAGGGCCAAAUAGAUAACUACCAAAUGAACGACAAUAGUUGGGUCCAGGAUGGCUCUCCUGAAGUGACGGAAAAUGAAUCUCAAAGUCAAACAAAAGUGUUUAUUUGGAAUGAUAUGAGCUCCCAGGGAAUUCAAGAGACUGGAAAAGCGAGGAGGAAAAAUCAGACUGCGAAGCGAUUUAUUUAUAAUGUACCACCUAAUAAUGAAACAAAUUUAGACGAUUGUUCAGUGAUGCAGCCACCUGUUGCCUAUCCGGAAGAAGAUUUGUCAUUCAUCAAGGAAGAGCCAGAUUUGGAUGGUGCUUUACUCUCAGGGCCAGAUUGUGAUAGGAAUGUGAAUGCAAGUUUGUUGGUUGAAACUGGCUCUGGUCAAGAUGGAAGUGAUGCUGGUACUUCACAUGAUUUCAAGUAUGGGUUAAUGCCUGGUGCUUCCAAUGAUUUCAAGUAUGGAUUGUUGCCCGAAUCUUGGCCAAAACAAGAAGCUUGGGAAAAUGGUGAAUCACCUGUAACCAUGAACAAGUUAAAAUGCCCUCAUUGUAGCUAUGUAGCCAAAUACAGACGAACACUAAAAAGGCACUUGCUCAUUCAUACAGGAGUGAGGUCAUUUAGUUGUGAUAUUUGUGGAAAGCUGUUCACUCGAAGAGAACAUGUUAAAAGACAUUCCCUGGUGCAUAAAAAGGAUAAAAAAUACAAAUGUAUGGUGUGUAAGAAGAUCUUCAUGUUAGCAGCCAGUGUUGGAAUAAGACAUGGAUCUCGACGCUAUGGUGUUUGUGUAGACUGUGCUGAUAAAUCACAACCAGGAGGGCAAGAAGGUGUAGAUCAGGGACAGGAUACAGAUUUCCCACGGGAUGAAGAGUUUGAAGAGAAUGAAGUCGGAGAAGCUGAUGAAGAGCUUGUUGAUGAUGGAGAAGAUCAGAAUGAUUCAUCUCGAUGGGAUGAAUCAGGAGAUGUUUGUAUGUCUCUAGAUAAUUAACUGACCGACUAUACUCCUCAAGGAUGCUGCAUUUGGACAUAAUAUGAAUCAACAAUUUGAAUUGUUGAACCUGAAGGCUUGCAUAAUAUGGUACAUAAUAUGGUAGUUAUGUUGCUGUGAAAACUGUAGGGUCAAAGCCUUAUAGCAAAAAAAAUUUUUUUAUAUUUGCACAGGACUGUACAGCGACAACCUUGUGGUUGGAUUACAUGAAGUCCCCACAUAUUCAUUCAGUUAUCAAAGUAAAAAUAUUUUUUAUUUAUAGGAUAUACAGUAACUUUGGGUCCUAUGAAAAUAGAGUACCUGUCCUUGUAGAGCUUACAUUCAUGUGCUACCUUAACAUGAAUGAAGAAAAUCCAUUUAUGGAAGUACAGAGAUAGCUGACCCAAUCACUCUGUCCAUCAAACCACUCAGGCUAGUUUGUACUAGUAGAGUUUUGUUUCUAUUUUUAUUUUUAUUAUUAUUAUUUUUUAAUACAGAUUUUCAGUGAGGGGCUUUUUUCAACCCCAUUGGUUCUACCUUCUUGUAUUUCCCAUUUUAAUUUCUUCAUAACUUAAAAAAAAAAGUCUCUUCUAGUCUUAGGUAUUAUUUCUCAAUUUUGUGCUGAGAGGCAUGUUUAUAAGAACUGGAGAGGUAAUUUAUUGGAAUGAACUAACUGACUUCCUCCAUUCCCCCUUUCCUUUUUUGACAUGAAUUUUACUACUUCAUAUGUAGAAUGAUGUUGCAAAGUUACCGUGGUGAAGUUGACAAAUACCACUAAAAUGAUUAUGAUUUAGAAGUAACUUUCUCCUGCUGCUUUAAUCUGAUAAAUGGUUACUAUAUGACGUUUUCUAAUAUGGCAGUCUCAGUUUUGGGUAUCUGUUACUUUGGCACUAUUCUUGUUAGCCUUUUUUUUUUUUUUUUUUUUGCCAGUGUACUAUACCUCAGUCCUAUUUCAAAGACAAAUCUUAAUUGAAAGAAAAGUCAUAGAAACAAUAAGUAAAAUUAUUUGUUUUAUAAUAUAUCCUCCAUGUCCAGUUUGGUUAGCUUGUUAUGCAAUAUAAGUGAAAUAUCAGGUUUUUAUCCCUGUGCCCUUUUUAUCAUUAAAAUUAACAUAAAAAUUACAUUCUCUUUUGUUUCAUACUUACCUGGGAUAUUGAAUGUCUUAAAAUUGUGAUGGAUAAAUUAAAUUUUUAAUUCUUUAGUUAUCAUACCUUAAUAUUUAGUCUUUCUAUUAGUAACCAUGAUUCAGCAAUCUAUAUCUCACAAAUAAAAUAAUGAGAGGAUUUACAGCUUAUUUUGUUAACUAAGUUCUUCAGGGUACAAAAGGUAAUAUUUAUAUUAAGUUAAAAUUACCAGAUUUAUUUAGCCUGGUGGCAAAUGAAUUAGUUUAUGAUCAUUGAACUCACAGCAACAUUUCCCAUUAGUAAUGUUAACAUAAACAGCAUUUAUCAGGAACAUAUUGUAUAUUAUAUAAGAUUGAAGGACAUCCUAUUUUCAGCUUUCUUUUAAAUAAAAAAAUUGAGUAUAUUUUCCUAUUUUAUAUCAGGUAACAAAAUUAUGCUAGUCAUGUAGAAAAAUUAUAAACUAUGUUUUGAUGGACUUAAUUUGGUGCUCCAUCUGAUCAAAGCUGAUAAGUUGUCAUGUUUUAAGAGACAAGCUUUUUCAAUAGAAUAAUGGAUUAAUGUUAGACAUUGAUGUUUCUGCUUGGUUAAAUCAAAGAUAAAUGACAGUUACAUGGCUAGAUUCAUCUUUGUCAUUUAAAUUUAAUUAUAGUUUCUACAUGACUGUAAACCUGACAGGCUACUAGCUUUGGUUUGAUUUUUGUUCAACUAAAGAAUACACAUUAUUCUCAAAUGUCCUAGUCAGAUGAGUAAAAUGUAAUUCUGGUGGGGUCCAAAGUAGAAAUUAGUAGGGCAAAGAUACUAUGAAUGAGAAAGUAUUUUAAACAUACAAUGUUCUGCUUUGUGAAUAUGUAAGUAUAGUAUAAAGAUUUCUUUCAUCCCAUUUAUCCCCCUCCUUUAAAAUAAACCAUAGUUUACAAUUGGUAGAUCUGUCUAUAUAUAAAUAUAUAUUAAAGAGAAAAGGUAUAUAUCUGGAAAUCACCUAAAUCUGUUUUAUUAGACUACAGUUCACUUAUUGCAUAGAAACUGGACUUGGCUUUACAUUCUUAAUGUACUUUUACUUUUCUUUAAGAUAUGAACUUGUUCUCUUGAAACUGAAUUUUCUUUUACUUUAAAUCAUUUAUGUAUAUCUGGUAAAUUAUGACCAAAUUUUUGUUAGAUUGCAUACAGUAAAUUGAAAUAUACACUUGGUACACUACAGGAUUGUUGUGCUUUUGUUUGGUUUUAGUUGGAAACAAGGUUUGAUGUAGAUGGCUUGUUACUGUUAAUUUAAAAUAUUCUAUAAUUGUCCAUUGCCUUUUAUGUUGUGUUGUGACAGAUUUGACUAUAUAUUUAGUCAAUUGAAAUAUGAUACUUUAAAAGUUUGUUUUUUUUUUAGAAAGGUAAUCCAAAGGAAAAAAUGUUUAUACUCUUGACUAGUAGCCUCAGCCUAUAUAAACUUUCUUGUUUAAAGUAAACAUUUUAUCAGAAACAAAAUUGACAGAUUUUCUACUUGCUGACUGCCUAAUUUAUUUUGUUUUAUGAUCUUGAGGGACUGCCUUUUCCCUUGUAGGUCUUUUUAAAAAAAUAGUUUUAGUACUAAGGUAUACUACUGGACAUUUCUAUUUUUUUAAGUAUAUUCUUUUUUCUGACUUACAGUACAAUUUGAGGAAGUUGACAGAUAUUAAGAAUUUAUGAUUGGUCUCAUAGAGAUAAUAACAAUGGAAUACUCAUAAUUUUGUCUUUGGAGCCUUGGCAGAAUUAUGUGGUAAACAUUUGUUGAAUUUUUCUCUUGUAACUUAUAUUUUAAGCAAAAUAUAUUUUAGAGCUUUUAAUUUUACUGACGGGGAAGAGUAUAAACUGUUUCAUAUUUACUGUGUAGUAACAGACCCUCUAAUAAAUCAAGAUCAUAUAUUGGUUCUUAAGAUUCUCAGAGAGAGUUAACUUCCAUAUGGUCCCUUCUUUGUCAUAACUAUUGGCCUUAUUUUUUCAAAUUCACUAGAUGUUUUGCUAAAUUUUUGCACCCUAGCAAUUUAGAACUAAAAGGAAAAAAAAAGAAACUUUAGGAAGGGGAAACUGAACAGUAAGGAGUAGGAUUAAUAUUCAGGGCUAAAACACUAGCUGGUUUAGGUAGAGCCAUCCUGAUGGAGAAGAGUGAGGAAGCACUCAGAACACUAUGAGAUAUGGGAUAAAUGCACAGUACAACUUAGCUGCUCACUAAUAGCUGUGAACCAAGAGGCGAA